UAUAGCUGACCUAGUGAUAAAAUAGGCCAACUAAAAUUGGAGAAAAGUUUGCCUUAGUGUAUGAUGACCAAUGGUCAGAAGCCUUUGAAGCAUUAAAAGUAGGAGGAAAGACAGAAGAGACUGUAGUCACAGAGCUAGCUAAUUUAGUCCGGGAAUGCUACAAAUUUUCUGAUGAGACUAAAGAUAAAAUGAGAAACGAGUUGAUGAAAAGAACAGCCGAGGUGAUCAGAAACCCGUUGCAAUCAUCACUGUCGAUUACAGAAGAACCGAAAGAUGUCCAAUUAACAGGGUCAAAUGCUAUUUUUAAUGACCUUUUGAAAAAAAAUGGAGAACAGUCAGUCAAAUGCCUUAAAAUGGCGUUCAGAAAACAAAAGGAGAGCUACACACGUGAUAAAAGACUUACUGAUUAUCUGGACAUUCUGGUAGAACUCACGUGGAACAUGGUCCUACAGGAUCCGCCGAUGGCCCUAAAUUUUGCAAAAAACGGAGACAAGAUCGACGAGAAAUCAUUCAAACACUAUAGCAAGAAAGGCAAUGUUGUGCUCCUUUGUGUAUGGCCGGCUUUACAUCUGUAUAAUGGUGGACCAAUUGUGUCAAAAGGCUUUACUCUUCCUCAGUAAUAGGCUACCAGUAAUACAAUGUGUACAAAUUUUGUGAAG